UUGUAAUUUUCUUUUAUUCGUAUUCUUAAAUACUGUAAAAGAAAUGUCUUCUUUAAGUGCAUUACGAAGUUUUUCAAUAUUAUCAAUUCCAGUUGGAAGUUUAAUAGUAGAAUCUACUAAUGAUAUAAUUUAUAUUUAUCAAGUUUUGUUUUAUAUUAUAAUAAGCUUGAAGGUCAUUUAUCCAUUCGUCUGGAUGAAUAUUUCCAUUAUAUUUUGGGUGAUUCAUUUUUUU